AGCCGACAGUUCGCCAUGAACGCUGCAAAUCAUCCUGUGGGCCACCCAAUCCCACCUUUUACAGAGCACGCGAUCUCUGUCUCUCUUCCAACAUGGGACGCAACCGUAGGAUACGAAGAGAAUGACCCAAACAUCGUCAAUGCCAUGCAGACUGGCUACCCUAGGUUUUUUAUCCAUCUGAGCAUCCAGAAGCUUGCCCGCUUCUGUGAGCACAAAUAUGGCUCCCCCACCGAACGUGCCAUUCUCGUCCCUUCCUCCACUAUAGCCGAAGAAUGUCGGUCCUUCCUUGAGGCCCGCUCGGUCCCCGCUCGCAUCGUCCAAAUCUUCCUCCCUAACCCAACUCAAUGGACCCCUCACGUUCACGCCAUCUUCUUUCCCCCUGAGUCAUUCCCAGUCGCCAAACAAUUCUGGCAACAUACCGGCCUCGGAAUUUCGAGUCGUUUGGCGGAGCAUUGCCUGAAUCUGAUUGCAGCCGUCGCUACGCCACCUGGGUCCCCGACUCUGCCUAUUGGAAAGGCUGGGAACAAGCAUUACGGAGCGAAGCCAAGGAGGAACGGAGUGCCGUUGGCUACUUCGCCCCCCGCGGCGAAUGGCGUGAACGGACAGAGCAAUGGCCAUGCGACUGGAGGAGCGGAAGAGGAAAGCGUGGAAUUGUUCGAGAAGGAUCACAGUAUGUACCUCGAGGAACGUUAUGGACGCAACCUGAACAUGACCUCUGCCUCAAGCGCGAAGAUUGCAUUGAGGCGGCGGCUUGCGGGGUUGUUAGUGAGCGACGGUGCCAAGGACAACGCGGAGAAGGAGGUGGAGGCGAAGGAGAGUCUGAGGGGCGUCGCAGUGACGGAGGGCGAUGUGUACCUAUAUCCGACCGGUAUGGCAGCGAUCUGGACGGCGCACCAGCUGAUCUUGAAGGCUAUUGGAGAGAGGAAGUCUGUAUGCUUUGGCUUUCCAUACACCGACACGCUCAAGAUCCUGGAGAAAUGGGGUCCAGGCUGCUAUUUCCUCGGCCACGGCACCGACGACUCUGUCGACGAGCUUGAGUCCAUUCUAUCCUCCCAACGCGCUCUCAACCCUUCCACACCACCCAUCCUCGCCCUCUUCACUGAGUUCCCGUCCAACCCGCUCUUGCGCUCCGCCGACCUACCCAGACUGCGGAAGUUGGCGGACGAAUAUGAUUUCUUGAUCGUGGUGGACGAUACGUUGGGCAAUUUGGUCAAUGUUCAGGUCCUACCGUAUGCGGAUGUUGUGGCGACGAGCUUGACGAAGAUCUUCAGUGGCGAAUCUAACGUCAUGGGUGGGAGCUUGGUGUUGAACCCGGCAAGGAAACAUUACGCCGCACUCCGAGCCACGAUGGAGAGUAACUUCGAAGAUAUCUACUUCGACGAGGACGCCAUAUUCAUGGAACGCAACUCUCGCGAUUUUUCCCGCCGCGUCGACGCCAUUGACGCCAAUACAACCGCCGUCUGCGACUUCCUGCACUCAACUAUCGACCCAUCGUCUCAGUCUUCCGUCAUAACCAAGGUCCAUUAUCCUAAAUACGAGUGCCGCAAGAACUACGAUGCCUGUCGUAUCCCAGCCAAGGAAGGAGGUGAAAACGGCGGCUUCGGCAGUCUCUUCUCUAUCUCGUUCCGCUCGCUCGCUGCCUCCCGCGGGUUCUUCGAUACCCUCGACUGUUUCAAAGGCCCUUCGCUCGGGACGAACUUCACACUUGCCUGUCCAUACGCCGUCCUAGCACACUACGCAGAGUUGGACUGGGCGGAUAAGUGGGGCGUGCCUAAGGGCUUAAUCAGGGUCAGUGUUGGAUUGGAGGGUAGAGAGGUCUUGAUGGAUGCGGUCAAGACAGCGCUGAAGGCUGCGGAAGAGGCGCAUGCGGAGGCAGGCGAGGUGUGAGCCGGCCUCAUUUGAAGGCGGUGGUGUCCAUCCAACUGGACGAUUCUUAGUGCGCAUGCGCACUUCGCUCUCGCUUGCAGCGAGUAGCUUGGCCCAUCCAACUGGUGCAGAGCGGUUCAUCCAACUGAACGGGCCUUUGGUCGUCUUUUUCUCUCUUCGUAUUUGCGGGGAGAAGGGCGAUACAGAGGAGGUGGGAGCCCAUCCAACUGGUGCCGGCCGGUGAGAGGGAGGAGAAAGCAUCCGUGACGGACGCGCCAGGCAGGUCGUAAUCUGCAGGGGUGUGCAGUAUUAAUAUUGCCUUCGGGGUUGGUGGGAUUUGUAGCGCCCGCAUCGGAUGGGAAGUGAUGGGUGAUGAGUGAUUUACAAUGUUGUAGGACGUCACCGAGAUUAUCAGCCUCUGCUUCAUAUUGACUCUACGAGGAAUUUAUGAUUUAGAACAAGUAAUUCGAGAAGUCCUCUGCGU